AUGUCUCAGCCGCACAAUCCCUCAGGUAUCACCUUAAUAGACCGAAUCUUACAACAGCGAGUGUCGUUCGCCUGGCCGUCGGAGUUGCCGGACCCAGACAAUACCUUGCCGAUGCCUGCGGAUUGUGAUGACAACAGCGAUAAUGAGCAGAGAUUUACGUUGCCUGUUGCCGGUUGUGUGCCAGCCUCAUCGGAGAAGCGUACUCAGCGCUUGCACCCUGCCUGGGUUCGACGGGUGAUGGAGAAGUGGCAUGGGGUUGCUAUUGACCUGUUCGCUAACCGACGGAAUGCGCAAAUACCCUACUAUGCUUCUGACGAUCCAUGUGGCGGUACUUGGGGCGGUGAUGCAUUUACUAUUCCUCUUGAUGAGGAUUUCGGAUGGGCGUGUCCGCCGCGCGUUUCGGGUUUUUGGUUUCUACACUAUCUUCAGUCCUGUGAUAAAGCUUCUGCGGCUAUGGUCGUACCUGUUUGGUCUGGCGCUACGUGGUUUCCGCUGUUUUUGUCGGAUGUUGGUGGAUGUGCCUCUAGUAGUACUGCCUAUUGA